AUGCGCCUGUCCCAAAGUGCCGGUGACGGAGGCGGAGCUCUGAUCUACAGGACCGUAGAGCAAGUACGGGUGCCCCUAGUGUCCGGCUCUGGUGGUGGAAGAUGCAGUGUCGCUGGCGGGUGGAAGGUGCAGUGCCGCUGGCGGGUGGAAGGUGCAGUGCCGCUGGCGGGUGGAAGGUGCAGUGCCGCUGGCGAGUGGAAGGUGCAGAGCCGAUGGUGGGUGGUUUGUGCAGAGCCGCUGGCGGGUGGUUUGUGGCACCGGCCAGCGGCUCUGCAUUUGCGCUGUUACACGCCGCUGCCCGCUAAGCAGAGAUCGGGCAGCAGCACGCAGGACAGCUCACACAGUUGAGCUGAGCCUGCAGCGGGAGGAAGCGCCAGGAGCCGGCUAGCAGUAGUAUAAACAUGCAGCUCCGUUUGGGCGGCCGCUGGCAGAGCAGCUGAGUAAGCUGAUGUGAGCCAGCAGCAGCGGGAGCGCCAGAACGGAUGCGAGACUGGCAAUAGUAACCUGCCAGAGUGCGGAAGGGAGGAGGGGGGAGAAGGAGGAGAGAGGCUGCCUCUAACGCUAAUUUACUGGACCGAUUGCUGCGCUAACAAAUCUGGGCUCUGGUCCUGGGUAAGGGCUACAUGCCCAGAUGCAGCAGCUCCUCCUCCCUUGGGCACUAUGCUGUCAGCCAGCCACCAUGUCCUGCCUGGAUCCUCCUGCCUAUGGGUCCGACGGCCUCCCUCAGUGACACCCUGCAGCUCACCUCGACGUUGAUUGCACACAGUGUGAGUUGGCAACAUUGGACACAACACAUUUCAGUGGAGGUGGCGGCGGGAGAGGAGGUGACGGUGACCGGCAGUGAGGUAACUUAAGGAGCUGGAAUCCAACUAAUAAUAGAAUACAAGGCUGCAGAAAGAGACAAUGUGGAAAUGAAUCUUGUUUCCUGCUCUAGCCAACUAAAUAUAUCAUUUCUUCUUAAGCUUCUGAAUGGUUCAAAGAAACUAUUUUCAUUUUCUGGAUAGAAGUUUUUAACUUAUACAUGAUGAGUCUCACAGAAGAGAGACCACAUCUGUGCUCUGAGUGUGACAGAAGCUUUACACAUAAAUCAUAUCUUAUCAGACAUCAGAGAAGUCACACAGGAGAGAAACCAUUUACAUGUUCUGAAUGUGGGAAGUGUUUUUCCCUGAAGUCACAUCUCGUUAUACAUCAGAGGAUUCACACAGGAGAGAAACCAUUUGAAUGUUCUGAAUGUAGGAAGUGUUUUUCCCAGAAGGCAGAGCUUGUUAUACAUCAGAGGAGUCACACAGGAGAGAAGCCAUUUGAAUGUACUGAAUGUAGCAAGUGUUUUUCCCAUAAGUUAUCUCUUGUUAUACAUGAGAGGAGUCACACAGGAGAGAAACUAUUUACAUGUUCUGAAUGUAGAAAGUGUUUUUCCCUGAAGUCAUAUCUCGUUAUACAUCAGAGGAUUCACACAGGAGAGAAACCAUUUGAAUGUUCUGAAUGUAGGAAGUGUUUUCCCCGGAAGGCAGAGCUUGUUAUACAUCAGAGGAGUCACACAGGAGAGAAGCCAUUUGAAUGUACUGAAUGUAGGAAGUGUUUUCCCCUGAAGUGGAAUCUUGUUAUACAUCAGAGGAGUCACACAGGAGAAAAACCAUUUACAUGUUCUGAAUGUAGGAAGUGUUUUCCCCGGAAGGCAGAGCUUGUUAUACAUCAGAGGAGUCACACAGGAGAGAAGCCAUUUGAAUGUACUGAAUGUAGGAAGUGUUUUCCCCUGAAGUGGAAUCUUGUUAUACAUCAGAGGAGUCACACAGGAGAAAAACCAUUUGCAUGUUCUGAAUGUAGGAAGUGUUUUUCCCAGAAGUCAGAGCUUGUUAUGCAUCAGAUAGUUCACACAAAAGAGAAACCAUUUGAAUGUACUGAAUGUAGAAAGUGUUUUUCCCUGAAGUCGAAUCUUGUUAUACAUCAGAGGAGUCACACAGGAGAGAAACCAUUUGAAUGUACUGAAUGUAGAAAGUGUUUUUCCCAGAAGUCACAUCUUGUUAUACAUCAGAGGAGUCACACAGGAGAGAAACCAUUUGAAUGUACUGAAUGUAGAAAGUGUUUUUCCCAGAAGUCACAUCUUGUUAUACAUCAGAGGAUUCACACAGGAGAAAAACCAUUUACAUGUUCUGAAUGUAGCAAGUGUUUUUCCCAUAAGUCACAUCUUGUUAUACAUCAGAGGAGUCACACAGGAGAGAAACCAUUUACAUGUUCUGAAUGCAGCAAGUGUUUAACUAGUAAGAAAACACUCAGUAAUCACAUGCGGAGUCACUCUGAGGGCCUGAAUGCAGCUUGUGUAUCAUAAGUAAUGUAACUUAUCACAACUGUAUGAAUGCAAUGGAGCCAAUAUUUAUUUUCUGAAUGUGAUGAGUGUUUUAUAUAAAUGACUCUUGAUAAAGACAGGAGAGGUCAGACAAGUGGACCUGGAGGUACUUUUCCCCUUGGGAAGGUCUCUGUGUUAGGAACUAGAGCUGCAGUAUAACAAUAGCCAAUGACCGUGGGACUGCCAUUACUGAGCUCUGUAAUAUACAGCUGUUCUGCUCAUGCAGGUGCUGGGACUAGUAGAGAGUUCCAGCAGCUCCUCUCAGUACUGGGAUUCCUUCUCUGACCAGCAGGGCUAUGAGUACUGGGUAUUUCUACAGGAACAAUGUAUGCUGCUCUGUUUCACCAUAUGGGUUAUAUUUCCUAAAUAUCCGUUUUUCAAAGCCACUGAUUCUUACUGUCUAUGAUCGCUGGAUGAUAAAGGGCAGUAAUAAUACAUGUAAAUUCAGGCUUGUUUUGCUUGUAUUUCUAUUGCCCUUUAUAUCCAGCACACAAAUGGAGUGAAAAUCUCUGGCUUUCAAAAAAACUGUGUAGUAACUACAGUAUACCCGCUACAGGUCUUUCCUCUGGUCUCUAUACCUCCGUAUUAUUUCUCUAAUACCUUUUAUAUUACGACUAUUACUGUUUAGUAAAAUGGUGUAAGUAAAACACUGAUCGUCUGUAUCCCAUAGCAACCAAAUGAUAACACUUGUUUGUUUGCUGGCACUAGACAGCUAAUAGCUGAUAUCUGGUUGCUAUGGGUUACAGCACAUGCUUGCUUUCCACAUCAUGUAAGUAAAUAAGUUCCAAGUUGUGCGCAUUGGGCCUAAUUCAGAUCUGAUUGCAGCAGCAAAAUUGUUAGAUAAUGGGCAAAUCUAUGUGCACUGUGGUGGGGGGCAGAUAUAACGUGCAGAGGGAAUUAGAUUUGGGUGGUUUAUUUGUUUCUGUGCAGGGUAAAUACUGGCUGCUUUAUUUUUACACUGCAAUUUAGAUUUCAGUUUGAAUACACCCCACCCAAAUCUAACUCCCCCUGCACAUGUUACAUCUGCCCCCUGCAGUGCACAUGGUUGUGUCCAUUAGAUAACAAUUUUGCUGCUGCGAUCAGAUCUGAUUUAGGGCUCCUGUGUACUAGGAUAAUAGUAAAGUUCCUGCACAAUAAAUGAAACUAGUAUGACAGUAAUAAUAUACACAAUACUAACUUUGACAUAGGGGGUCAUUCAGACCUGUACGCAGCCGUGCAUCUGUACACAGUGGCUGCAUUUGGGUGGUCUGCGCACAUGCACUGGCCGCAGUGCACGUGUGACCCUUCUCGCGGCUGCAUCUAUGAAGGAUGUGGCCACAAGAUGAUUGGGGGUGGGGUGCGGUGGACCCAUCGAGGGCAUGCCGUGACUGUUUUCGGUGCGUGAUGUCACAUGCAGCAGCUCCAUUUAUAAAACAUGGCGGCUGACCGUCUGACAGCGCGGACAGGCUGCACUGCCAGGGGUCAACAUUAGUUUGAUGCGUCCACAAUCUAAUUGCAGAUGCAUCAGGAGGCAGACCAUCACACAUACCGGGCAGCCUUGUCCUGUGCUGGGUGGCCCCCAGCAUGUGAGGAGAUGGACGCAGAUCUGGCUGCAUAUAUCUCUGAAGCAGGUCCAUAGUACUCCGUGAUGCAACACAGAUAGAUCUGUCCUGUAUGUAGACUGAAGGCCCAUGUACAAAUAAUGGGCCGGAUGUAAUGGGCUGCGAGACGGCCGGAGCUCCGAGACUGGUUUUGCAUUGUAAACAUUUGCUGCUUUAAAAAAAAAAAACAUUUCAAGUUCUGGCCGUCUCCAAUCUAUUACAUCCGGCCGCAUAUCUGUAAUAACCAUACAUGUUACUAGCAGUUAUCCUCAUAACACUCAUUGACUAAAAUUAUUUCAUCAGUAUUUAAUACUUUUGUACAUUCCUCUUCUACAUUUUAGAAGAUAGACCCAGGAGAGAUACUUAGGUGAUCAUGUAACAAUCACUAUCUGGCACGUCAAAGAAUAAUUUUAUCUUUUUCUCUUACGUCCUAGAGGAUGCUGGGGUCCACAUUAGUACCAUGGGGAAUAGACGGGUCCCUUGGGAGCCAUGGGCACUUUAAGAGUGUGGGCUGGCUCCUCCCUCUAUGCCCCACCUACCACACUCAGUUUAGAAAAUGUGCCCGUUGGAGGCGGUCACAGCUAGGGGAGCUCCUAGGAGUUCUUUUUUUUUUAGAAUUAGGUACAGAUGACAGCCUCCCUGCUUCGUGGGACUUAAGGAGGGAAUAGGAACCAACCCUAGAGGUUAAUGGCUCCUAUCUCCGCUGACAGGACACUGAGCUCCUGACGGUGAUGAUCGCUAGCCCCCGAGGCAGCACUGCCGCUACCCCCUAACAGCCAAAAGGUCGAGGUAGUGAGUAUGACAUCGGUGCCCCGAUAAGCAGGUCACCGGUGAGAAUGGUGGCACAAGGGUGGGAGUACAGCGGUGUAAGUCUGCGCUCCGGAGGGCUCAGAGGUACAUGUGUGCGGUGCUGUGAGGGGAGCCCUGGGCCAGCACAAUACCCUUUACGCUGGUCACUAUUGCUAUCAGGGACUCUGUACUGCUGCUAGCCACCAUUACCCUAGGCCAGUAUAAUCUCCAGAAGUGCGGGAAGACGUGCCAUUAAAGGGGGCGGAGCUUCUCUUCAGAGCGGAUCCAGCACUCACCAGCACCAUUUUCUCCCUGCAGAUCACAGCUCAGAGACGCUGACAGGGAGCGCUGCCCCUCAACAUAACUCCAGCUAUCCUGUGCGGUACCAGAGGGUUACAGAGGGGGGAGAGUGUUUAUUCACAUUUUAGUACUGUAUAAUCUAUUAAGGUUACCCAGUCAGCACCAGGCUUUUAUUAUAUAACUGCCUACUGGGGCACUGUGUGUGCUGGCUCCUUAACUCUGUCUCUCUGAAGGUCUUCGGGGGAAACUGUGUCUGACAUUUUCCUCUGUGUGUGUGUGUGUGUGUUUAUAUAUCUCACAUUACCAUGUCUAGGGACUCUGUGUCUUGUGCUGCAGAGUGUGUAUGUUCUCCAGAGGAGUCUAUUACAUGUACUCAGGAAUGCAAUAUACUGUCUCAGCCUUCUGAAUCCGAACCCCAGUGGGUGGCUUCUAUUGAGGGAAUGAUAUCCCAGAUUUCAUCUAGUAUAGCUCAUAAUGAGACUGAAACACAGGUUUUGAAAAAAUCUGUAGAGGUUUUGUCGUAUUCUGCUCCCACUACCUCAUCCAAAUCCCCUGGUACAUGCCCCAAAAAGCGUGCUCUUGCCCAGAUAUUGCAGGUCGACACGGAAACCGACUCUAAUACGGGAGUUGGUGAUAGAAAUAUACUGGGUGGGAGGCAUCCCUUGCUAAGGGGGUGCAACUCAUAAUUGAGGCCAUUAGGGACGUUUUACACAUUACUGACAAGGUACCUGAGCAGGUUGAGGAGGCUUACUUUACAGACAAUAAGAAAGCCUCCCUUACCUUCCCUGCGUCUAAGGAAUUAAACGCAUUGUUUGAAAAAUCUUGGGAAAUCCCGGACACAAAAUUCCAGAUCCCAAAGAGGGUUCUCGUUGCUCCUCCUUUCUCUGAAGAGGACAGGAAAAAGUUGGAAAAACCCUCCUAUAGUAGAAGCUUCUGUAUCUAGAUUGUCUAAAAAGGUGGUUUUACGUGUCCCUGGGUCUACCACUUUAAAAGAGCCGGCAGACCGCAAGGUUGAGACUACGUUCAAAUCCAUAUACACUGCUUCAGGCAUGGCGUUAAGGCCCACUAUUGCCUGUGCAUGGAUUUCUAAAUCCAUAGUAAAGUGGUCAGGCACAUUAUUAGAGGAUUUAGAUUCUAUGGAUAGAAGUGACAUUAAAAUGUUUUUACGUCACAUACAGGUUUCUGCAGGUUUCCUAGUGGAGGCCAUGAAGGACCUGGGUCAUCUGAAUGCAAGGACGUCUUCCAUGGCUGUCUCGGCACACAGGGGACUCUGGCUGCGCCAAUGGUCUGCAGAUGCGGAAUCCAACAAAAGUGUGGAGAUCGUACCCUUUGGGGUAAAUCCAGAAAACCUACACCAGCAGGUUCCCAUUAACAGAAGCCUGGUUCUCCUUCCUCUAAAUCCUCAGCAUGAUGGUGGACCUCACAGCCUGGAAAUCGUGCAGGUGGGAGCACAUCUAAGAAAUUUCAGUCAGGUCUAGGUGUCCUCAGGCCUGGACCCCUGGGUGCAAGAUAUUGUAUCCCAGGGGUACAGACUGGAAUUUCAAGAACUCCCACCUCACAGAUUCAAAGCCGUUCAAAAAUUACAAAGGACAAAUGUCAUUGUCCCAGUUCCACCUCAUCUGGAAAACAGGGGUUACUAUUCAAUCCUAUUUGUAGUGCCGAAACCGGACGGUUCGGUCAGAGCAAUAUUGAACCUGAAAUCUUUAAACCCUUAUUUGAGGGAAUUCAAGUUCAAAAUGUAAUCUCUGAGAGCAGUGAUCUCAGGUCUGGAGGAGGGGAAAUUCCUGGUAUCCCUAGAUAUCAACGAUGCAUACCUCCAUAUUCCAAUUUGGCCGCUACACCAGGCUUAUCUCAGAUUUGCACUGUUGGACUGUCACUAUCCAUUCCAGGCACUGCCAUUUGGCCUCUACACUGCACCGAGGGUGUUCACCAAGGUAAUGGCAGAAAUGAUGUUACUCCUCCGCAAGCAGGGAGUGAACAUAAUUCCAUAUCUGGACGAUCUGCUGAUAAAGGCAUCUUUCAGGGAGAAGUUGUUGCAGAACAUUGCUCUCACAACUCGACUACUCCGGGAUCAUGGAUGGAUCCUGAAUCUUCCAAAGUCACAUUUGGAGCCAACAAGGAGAUUGUUUUUCCUAGGGAUGAUCCCAACACGGAAGUGCAGAGGGUGUUUCUAACAGUAGAGAAAGCGUUGGUGAUACAAUCAAUGGUUCGGGACUUCUUGAAGCCUGCCCGGGUAUUGGUUCAUCAGUGAAUUUGCCUUCUGGGUUAGAUGGUUGCCUCCUACGAGGCUUUACAGUAUGGUAGAUUCAUUGCAAGAAUCUUCCAGCUGUAUCUCCUGGACAGGAUCUCACCUGCACAUGCACCAGAGAAUACAUCUUUCGCCGAAAGCCAGGAUUUCACUCCUAUGGUGGCUACAAAUGCCUUGCCUUCUUAGGGGCCGCAGGUUUGGGAUACAGAACUGGAUCCUUCUAACCACGGAUGCAAGUCUCAGAGGUUGGGGCGCGGUCACCCAAAGGAAAAACUUCCAAGGAAGGUGGUCAAGUCUGGAAUCCAUACUUCUGAUAAACAUUCUGGAACUAAGAGCCGUCUACAACGGCCUUCUACUAGCGGCACAUCGUCUACAAGAUCAGGCCAUUUAGGUGCAGUCGGAUAAUGUAAUGACUGUGGCCUACAUAAACCAACAAGGCGGAACGCAGAGCUGCAAUGUCAGAGGUAACAAAGAUCCUCCUCUGGGCAGAAAGGCAUGUGAUGGAGCUAUCAGCGAUCUUUAUUCUGGGUGUGGACAACUCGGAACCGGACUUCCUCAGCAGACACAAUCUCCAUCUAGGAGAGUGUGGCCUCCACCCCGAGGUGCUCGCAGAGGUGACAAGUCUUUGGGGCAUACCUCAAAUCGACAUGAUGGCCUCCUGCCUCAACAAGAUGCAUUGCAGGUACUGUUCCAGGUCGAGAGACCCACAGGCAGUGGUGGUGGACGCACUGGUGACUCCGUGUAUAUUCCAGUUGGUGUAUGUGUCCCCUCCACUUCCGCUCAUCCCAAGGAUUCUCAAAAUUAUAAAAAGAACAAGAGUUUAAGCUAUCCUCCUUACUCCGGAUUGGCCAAGAAGAGCUUGGUACGCGGAUCUUCUGGAGUUACUGCUGGAAGAUCUGAGGCCUUUUCCUCUUUGAGAGGACCUUCUGCAACAUGGUCCGUUCACUUAUCAAAACUUGCCACGACAUGUUUGAUGGCAUGGAGGUUGAACGCCAGAUCUUAGCUCGGAAAGGCAUUCCGAACAAGUUUAUUCCUACCCUGAUACAGGCUAGGAAAGGAGUAACAUCUAAACAUUACCAUCGUAUCUGGAAAAAGUAUGUGUCUUGGUGUGAAUCCAAGAUGUUUCCUAUGGUGGAGUUUCAACUUGGGUGGUUUCUCCUCUUCCUGCAAGCAGGUGUGGAUGUGGGCCUAUGUUUGGCCUCCAUAAGUCCAGAUUUCGGCCUUGUCCAUUUUCUUCAAGAAACAAUUGGCUUCCCUCCUUGAGGUUGAGACUUUUUUGAAAGGGGUCCUGCACAUCCAGGCUCCCUUUGUGCCUCCUAUGGCACCUUGGGAUCUUAAUGUGGGUUUGCAGUUCCUGCAAUCAGAUUGGUUCGAGCCUUUACAGGAGGUUGAGGUCAAGUUUUUCACUUGGAAGGCACAAACUGUUCAUCUGCUAGACGUGUCUGAAUUGGGGGCUUUGUCCUGCAAAAGCCCCUACUUAAUUUUCGAUGAAGAUAGAGUUGAGUUCAGGACGCAUCAGCAGUUUCUUCCAAAGGUUGUGUCGGCUUUUCAUAUCAACCAACCUAUUGUGGUGCGAGUGGCUACGGACUCCUCAAUUACCUCAAAGUCUUUGGAUGUUGUGAGGGCUUUGAAGAUUUAUGUGAGAGAACUUCACGUCACAGGAAGUCGGACGCUCUGUUUGUCCUUUAUGAUCCCAACAAGAUUGGAUGUCCUGCUUCUAAGCAGACGAUUUCUCGCUGGAUCAGGUUUACUAUCCAGCAUGCUUAUCCUACGGCAGGCUUGCCAUGUCCAAAAUCUGUUAAGGCCCACUCUACUCCCUAAAGUGGGUUCUUCCUGUGCGGUUGCCCGGGUUGUCUCGGCUUUACAGUUUUGCCGAGCAGCUACUUGGUCAGGGUCGAACACGUUUGCUAAGUUCUACAAGUUCGAUGCUUUGGCCUUUGACGACCUUAAGUUUGGUCAAUCAGUACUGCAGGAUCCUCCGCGCUCUCCCUCCCGUACUGGGAGCUUUGGUACAUCCCCACGGUACUAAUGUGGACCUCAGCAUCCUCUAGGACGUAAGAGAAAAUUAGGAUUUUAAUUACCUACCGGUAAAUCCUUUUCUUGUAGUCCGUAGAGGAUGCUGGGCGCCCGCCCGGCUCUUCGUUCUCCUGCAGUAGUUUCUUGGUUCAGUACUGCCUUGUUACUUAGUUAAGUACUGUUGUUCAGCUGUUGCUGAAUCGUUCAAGCUGGUUAGCUUGUUUUGCCUUAUGUGUGGGCUGGUGUGAAUCUCACCAAUAUCUGUGUAUUUCCUUCUCUCAAAAUAUGUCAGUCUCCUUGGGCACAGUUUCUAGACUGAGUCUGGUAGGAGGGGCAUAGAGGGAGGAGCCAGCUCACACUAUUAAACUCUUAAAGUGCCCAUGGCUCCCAAGGGACCCGUCUAUACCCCAUGGUACUAAUGUGGACCCCAGCAUCCCCUACGGACUAUAAGAAAAAGAUUUGCAGUAGGUAAUUAAAAUCCUAUUAUUACUACUCCGCAAAUAGAGUAUUUACAUAAUUUUAUAGAUGUGGAUGAAAUAUAAACACAGGGUCUUCCUGACAAUCAGUGAUUGCUCUGUAGAAGGAAUGAUACUUAGUAUUCCCUGCUUAGCUGCUGUCUUUCCUUGUCUCCUGUCCUCAUGAGGAAUAACUUGGAGUAAAACAAUCCCCCUGCCGCACAGCUUAGCCAGUGUAGGUGGUUAUUCAGUAAGGAGUGAAAUCACGAUCCUCUGUGCAGUUUCCUGAUGGGGAACCGGCACAUGUGUAAUACCCGUUGUGUGCAUGUGCAGAACAGAUCCUGCGAUCGCAUUGCAUUAAGUGAAUGAACCAGGCAGAGGCUGAAAUUACUACUGCUGAAACUGGCAUGUGAGGAGCCACCCAGAAAGGGUAAAAGACGCACACUGAUUGCACUGAUUUGCUCCCCCAUAUUAGCAUACACUGCUCUCCCAAUCCGAGGAAAUUGUUUACUCUGUAUUAAAUAGCAAAUUUUCUGACGUUUUUGGAAAUCAGUGUAAUUGAUAAACUGUCCAUUCUCCCAUGCAAAUGUCCCUUGGGGCAGAUUAUACAACUGUAGGUUUAUUUGGACUUUCCACUUUUAUAUGUGUUUUGCUGUAUGUACUGUAUAUCCAUACUCGCCUACUUUUGAAAACUAGAAUCAGGGAGAUUACAGUAGGAUGUGCAGCUCAAAUUGCUCCGUACUACCGAGGGGGCGUGUCAUACUCUGCAUAAAAGGGCGUGUCUUUGCUUACAUGCUUGUUGUUGUGAGAUAUUUCUAUAUAACAUUAGUAGCAAUAUCUUCUGGGAAGUUUUGCAAGUAUUGAAACUAACAUUGCUGCCUAUAGUACGGGGUUUCUUGUUUGAAAUAUAUAUUCACUGUGAUAUUCUUUUCUUAUCACUCGGCACAAUACUCAUAAAUACAAUAUGCAAUAAAUUCCAAAUGCAAUUUAACCUUGUGUGAAUUCAUCCCUAAAUUAUGAUUUUGGUGUAUUAAAUGUUAUUUUAUUGUGAACACUGGAUUGUCUUCAUCUUGUAGGCACUACCUAUAUUUAUUGGAUGUGCUGUUUUCCAUACCAUUACAGCAUUAACAGAAUCAUUACUGACACCAGAUACUCUAAUGAACGAAAUGUGUUUAACUACUGUCGAAUACAGUGACAGAGACAACCUGCUGAAGGCCUAACAGCUAUAUAUAUGUACUACGGGAUAGUACGUAUAUUAUGCAUACACCUAAUAAUCACAAUAUCAAAGGUGAUCUACAUUCACUAGUAUAGUAUAAAGCAUAAGAGAAUCCAUUUUGUUUCUAGCUAGAUGAUACAGCAGAUUCAUUUGUAUUUCAUUUGAACUCUAUACAAAGUACAAUAACAACUUUGUUGGCUAAGUAUUGAUUCCACAUACGAACAUCCGAAAAGCUCAUAGUGUCCAGCUUAAUUCUUAAUAUGGACACAUAGCUGAAGAUCACGAGUAUCUUUUAGUUUUCAUUGCCAAUUGUUCUUAUAUUGUAUAACACUGUAUUCCAGAUGAAUGAACUCAUAUGGGAGGGUUAUAAGAAUGGGGCGUAACUGUAUAUUAUAAAACUCAUUGUUUUUACAUGUAUUUGUUGUUAAAGCAUUUUGACCCAGGCUUGAGAGGAUGUUCCCUCUCAACCUAUAUACGGGCGUGGCCUUUUUAAUAAAUAAUUAUUGAUUUUGCUAAA